UCUUGACCAACAAACUCACAAACUCACCCCCAUCCCCAACUGGACGGUGAGAGUCUGGCUCGAUGCUCGCUCAUUUUCAUUUUCAAAUUUAAUUCUUCCUCUCCCCCCCCUCAUCCCUCAUCCCUCUUUUUCCUUCCUUCUUCUCCCUUUCUUCUUUCUCUCAAUCCAUCAUUCUUCCAGGUGCUCGCAACCCACACUCCUUUGUCGAUUGCUUGUUUCAGGUCGAGGGCUCUCAUUAUUGUGUUGCUCUUGUCACUCCUUAUUCACUUGAACUGCCUAUCAAUCACUCUUUCAACUGCGUCUACCCUGGUCUCGAUUGUGGUUCCAACUUAAACAUCCGUGAUACCCUCGUCUCGCACCUCUUUCAUAGCAAAAGCAAAAGCAAAAACUCUCAUCAAGACUACAACCAUCAUCAUUCUUCACAAUGCAGCUCAAGAACUCCAUGCUUCUGUUGACCGCCUUGACGGCUGGUUCUUCCGUCGCUCGCAUGCACGGCCAUGAGCGCCGCCACCACCACCACGAGAAGCGCAACGUCGGUGACGAGGUCUACGCUGUCAUCGACGGUGUCCUCGAGUCCUGGGUCAACGACUGGUCUGGCUCUGCCACGACUACUGUUGAGUCCAACAAGGCUGCUGCUACUGUCGCGGCUGCUGCUACCAUCGAGGUGAGCGCUAACGUCGCUGCCUCUGCUACCGUUGCCGCCAGCGCUGCUGCCGCUACUUCGAGCUCCGCCUCGGUUGUCUCUUCUGCCGACGGCACCUGCAAGUCCUGGUCUGCGACCUCGUCGAGCUACUCCCGCUCUGGCUUCGGAGCCAAGUCCAACGCCAAGCGCACCACCGAUGCCAUCUACUACUCCGGUAACGUCGGCAGCCCCUGGGGCAGCAACAUCAUCGAAGUCAGCGAGGACAAGGCCUGUCUCUACCAGUACGUCGUCCGCUUCCAGGGUAGCUCGUCCGACGACUGGACCGUCAAGUUCUGGAACAAGAUCGGUCCCAACGGUGGUCUGAAUGGCUGGUACGGCAACUCGGCUCUGGAGUUCAAGAUCAAGGCCGGUGAGACCCGCUACGUCGCCUUCGACUCCGACUCCCAGGGUGGCUGGGGUGCUGCCAAGGGUGACUCUCUUCCCACCGACGAGUACGGCGGUUACUCUUGCACCUGGGGUGAAUUCGACUUCGGCAACACUAGCAACGACGGCUGGUCCGGCUGGGACGUGUCCGCCAUCCAGGCCCAGAACGCUGGCCAGGAGGUCCAGGGUAUGAAGAUCUGCGACCACACCGGUUCCAAGUGCUCCACCAUCGGCAACGCUCUCGCCUCGGUCAUCAACGCCUACACUUCCAACCUCGCCGAUGCUGACGGCAUUGGUGGUAACUCCAACGAGGAGGCUGUCCGCUUGGACGUCGAGCUUGACUUCGCCUAGAUCGACUUCGUGUGAUUUUGUCGUUUUCCUUCUUUCUCAGAUUCCCCUUAUGGUUUCCCUUGUGCUGGGUUGGAAACUCCUUAACAUGUGUGAUUUGCGGACUACUGUGAACACCAUCCAACUCCUAUUUUCUGUUUCGAGUGUACAUACCAAUGUUAUCGUAUCUAUUCCUGAUUGGUGA